AUGUACACACCAACGCCCGCUGAGGCUGCCGUUUGUGGGGCAUAUCCCUCUGGUGCAUUUCCAGACCUCAGUGCCAGGACAUCCACUUUCUACACCCCGGAACCCUCCGCGCGCUCUUCCGAUUUUGCUUCGCUGUAUGAUGCCAGUUCUUCAGUUUCUGGAUCGGCUCGGGUCACUGAGCUUGGGAGCUUGUACGAGCAUGGUUUUACACACAGCCAGCCACUUCAGCGCAGAGAGGCUGAUCGACGAAAGCAGAAAGCUGUGAUGGCUGCCGCCUUUGAUGCGUUUGUUCCACCUUCAGCUGAGCCAAGCAAGAUGCCUCCACCUCCACCAGGUGAUGUGAGGGAGCAUGCCGAGGAAGAGGUGUCCUUAGAUCCGCGGCAGGUAUACAGUGCUGCCAGACACGGGAGGCACAAGGAGGUUGAGGCUGCGCUGUUGGCCGGCUUCAAUCCUGACUAUGCAGACUCCUUUGGUAAUCGUCUAUUUCAUGUUGCAUGCCAAAACGGCAACAAAAGGAUAUGCAAGCUUGCCAUCAAGUACGGUGGCGACAUGGAUGCCCAAAAUCUCAAGGGCAACACCGGUUUGCAUUUCCUCUUCGCAUAUGGCUACGCUGACAUUGCGGAAUAUUUCAUUGAAAAGGGUGCAGCUGACACCAUUGUUAAUGAGAGUGGCAAAACAGCCAGAGAGGGCAUUCGCUGA